AUGCCUGACUUCAAGAUCUCCGCUUCUCUGGAGGGCCACGGCGAUGAUGUUCGUGCUGUGGCCUAUCCAAAUCCUAAUGUGGUAAUUUCAGCUUCUCGAGAUGCAACCGUUCGACUUUGGAAGCUGGUCAAUACCCCGCCUCCCACUUAUGAUUACACCAUCAGCUCACACGGCUCGGCAUUCAUCAAUGCCGUAGCAUAUUACCCGCCAACACCCGAAUUUCCCGAAGGCCUUGUGCUUUCUGGUGGGCAAGACACUAUUAUUGAAGCUAGACAACCUGGAAAGGCCGCGGAUGACAAUGCGGAUGCGAUGCUCUUGGGUCAUGCUCACAAUGUUUGUGCAUUAGAUGUGUGUCCUGACGGGGGAUGGGUGGUCAGUGGCAGCUGGGAUUCGACAGCAAGACUUUGGAGAGCUGGUAAAUGGGAAUGCGAUGUGGUAAUGGAAGGCCAUCAAGGCAGUGUCUGGGCCGUCCUAGCCUACGACAAAGACACGAUCAUCACAGGCUGCGCGGACAAGAUUAUACGCAUUUUUGACAUUUCUGGGAAACUUCUCAGGAGUAUCAAGGACUCUCGAGACGUUGUGAGAGCUCUUUGUAGGCUCCCUCCUUCUCAUCCCACGGGUGCCCAUUUUGCUUCGGCAAGCAAUGACGGAGUCAUCCGUCUUUUUACCUUGCAGGGUCAGCUCGUCACUGAGCUCCAUGGUCAUGAUAGCUUUAUCUAUUCUUUGGAUGCAUUGCCAACCGGUGAGCUGGUCAGCUCCGGAGAAGAUCGAACGGUACGAAUUUGGAACGGUACACAGUGUGUGCAAACAAUCACCCACCCAGCAAUCUCGGUAUGGAGCGUUGCCGCGUGCAAGGAGACUGGAGAUAUUGUCACAGGAGCCAGUGAUCGUGUGACACGCAUUUUUAGUCGAAGCGAAGAGCGUCAGGCAAGCCCGGAAACCGUACAGCAAUUCGACAAGGCUGUCAAGGAGUCUGCAAUACCUCAGCAACAAGUCGGCAAGAUCAACAAGGAGGAGCUUCCAGGCCCUGAGUUUCUGAAGCAGAAGUCUGGCACCAAAGAAGGCCAGGUACAGAUGAUUCGGGAAGUCAAUGGUAGUGUCACCGCCCAUACAUGGUCAGCAGCAUCACAGGAAUGGAUUGCCGUGGGUACCGUUGUUGAUGCUGCUGCAAGCAGUGGGAGAAAGAUUGAAUACAUGGGCCAUGAUUACGACUACGUCUUUGAUGUUGACGUCGAGGAUGGGAAGCCUCCUCUCAAAUUACCUUUUAAUGUCUCGCAAAACCCAUACGAAGCAGCAACAAAAUUCAUCCAGGACAACGAAUUAUCGAUGAACUAUCUUGAUCAGGUCGCCCAGUUCAUUGUUCAGAAUACACAAGGAGCCACUCUGGGACAGUCGGCUCCAGAACCAGCUCCAACUGGUGGCGAUCCCUGGGGCCAGGAGAGGCGUUAUCGGCCCGGAGAUGCUGCUGUCGCUGCGGCACCAACACCAACCCCCGUACCUGAGCCGCGGGCUAAAGUGCUUCCUCAAAAGACAUAUCUCUCGAUCAAGACCGCCAAUUUGAAAGUCAUUGCUAAGAAACUCCAAGAGCUGAAUGACCAACUUUCGUCAUCUGGAUCCAAGGAGAUGUCACUUAGUCCUCCGGAAAUGGAAACGGUGGUAUCACUUUGCAGCCAAUUGGAGACUUCAGGGAGUCUGAAACAGUCACCAGUGGUAGAAGCAGGAUUGGCUUCAUUGUUCAAGGUUGCAACUACCUGGCCAGCCACCAGCAGACUCCCUGGCUUGGAUCUACUCCGUUUACUCGCUGCAGCAACCCCAUUGACUGCCACGGCGGACUACGACGGCAAGGAUUUGGUCUCGGCAAUUCAAGCGAGUGGUAUAUUCAAUUCACCUUUGAACGUGAACAAUGCUAUGCUUUCUGUGCGCAUGUUGGCGAACCUGUUCGAGACUGACGCCGGUCGUCAGCUGGCUGUAGACAGGUUCGAGCAGAUCAUUGCCGUCAUCAAUUCAGCUUUGAGCAACAGCGGAGUGGUUGCGAAUCGUAAUCUCACAAUUGCAAUCGCGACACUGUACAUCAACUUCUCCGUCUAUUUCACUUCUGGCGGCAGAGAAACAGCUCCUGAGUCAUCUGAGCGAGGUCUGGUGCUCGUUGGGGAAUUAGUCAAGUUGAUCACCAGCGAGAAGGAUUCGGAAGCAAUCUAUCGCGGACUUGUGGCACUCGGGACACUCAUCAAGGUCCUGGGUGAAGAAGUCAAGACUGCUGCCAAGGAAGUUUACGAUGUGAAGGACAUCCUAGAGAAGGUUUCCAACUCUGGUAGUGGAAAGGAGCCUAGAGUUAAAGGCGUGAUUAGCGAAAUUAGAGAGUCUUUGUAG